UUUUUUAACAGUGUAGCUGUAGUAACACAUUUGGUAUAUAAAGACUUAACAAAAUUGAAAUUGAGUAUAAUAUUGUUUAAACCUUUAAACAUAACAGUUAUCAAAAAAAAAAAAAUAUCGAACAAAAUGAAGACAACUUUUGCCUGUUUAUUGGUGGUGGUUUGCUUCGCCUUAGUGGCCGCUCAAAAACAAUAUACCAACAAAUUCGAUAAUGUCGAUGUUGACAGCGUUUUGGGUAACAAUCGCAUUUUAACCAACUACAUUAAGUGUCUGAUGGAUAAAGGACCUUGCACACCCGAAGGACGUGAAUUGAAAAAACUCUUGCCCGAUGCCCUACAAAGCGAUUGCUCCAAAUGUACCGAUGUUCAGAGAAAGAAUUCCCAAAAGGUUAUCAACUUCUUGCGUGCCAACAGACCCGGUGAAUGGAAAUUGCUUUUGGACAAAUACGAUCCCAGCGGUAACUACAGAGCCAAAUAUGAAAGACAAGGUUAAGUCCCAAAUCAACAAAUGAAUUUCAACAAGUUAAUUUCUAUUUUUUUUUAAAAAACAAUUAGUUUAAAUACAAUUUUAGAUCUUUGAAAGUCAUCAUUAAUAAAUUAGUAUAUAUAUAUUUUUUUUUAUACAUUUUGAUACAUUUAAGAAAAAAAGUUAAUCAUCUUCACCAAUAGAAGUUAAUAAUAAUAAAAAAAAAUAUUUUCAAAUAAA